AUGUCCUCAUCCUACCUCAAGGUCCACUCACGGUUUACCAUAAUGCUCGUCACCGGCAUCAUCCUCGCUCCUACCGCCUUCGCUACACCCGCCGUGCAGGACCUCGUUGAUCUGAGGACUAUCAUCAAUGUGGCAGCGAACACUAUCGGAAACCCGAACAACCCGAACAGAGGUUGGGGGUUUGGGUUGCUUGGUGGAGGUGGCAAUCAAAUGGGUACCGCCGAUCUCAUCAACAAUAUCACAACGACGAUUUUGCGAUCCAAAUUCCAGCUCAACACGAAUAAGACGUCCUGGCUCCUUCCAGACAACACAACAAACGCCACUGGUCCCAGCAAAGUCCCAUUACCACCCACACUCCCCUUGACUUCUAGUAUACUCCUCCCCCCGACAGCUCCGGCAGCCCCAACAGCCACUCCAACUCUCGGUAACAUCACCAAAGACCUCUCAGCAUCCUACAUCGACUACAUUUCCUCGAUUCCCAAUCUUAGCUCCGGCCUCACAACGCUCGGCCGAUCGUAUCACAAAGAGAUGAACGCCCCUAUUUACCAAGCAAUCGACGCUCUCCAGCAAAGUAUCUCAGCGUUCCAAUCUACGAUACUACAGAGCGAGUUGAUCAGCAGUCAGGCCAUCAUACGUACGAUCCGCGCGAGCGGUUCACUCGAAGACGCACAGCAGGCAUGGAGUCGAUUCCUCAACUUGCCCGGACGCGUGAGUAGCCCUGGGGGCGAUACUGGUGGCAGUGAUGAUGUGAAUCCGGUUGGUAUCAAGAAGAGAGCGGGGACUUCGACGAGGCCACCAAGUGCGGAGGGAAGACACUACACACACAAGGAGCUCUGGGGAAGAGAUGAGCUAAAGGCUAGGCAGUCGAAGGAAGGGAAACCAAGGUGGAGCGAUGCUAUCGUCCGGCGAGAGGAGCAACGUGCGUGGAUUGCCGAACAUGCCAGAGUGGAGCGACCUUACGUUGCUUGA